UUGACUUUGGAUAACGUUACAAAGAAAAGUGAAGGAAAGUACACUUGCCUUGUGAGAAACUCACUUGGUUAUGCUCUGCGGAACGCUUACAUAAUAGUUCACGAAAAGAUUGGUAAGUGGUUGCCCAUAAUCGUAAUUAUAAAAAAAAAGCGGUCAAACAAGCGAAACUUAAUCUAUCUAAUCCUUCCCCAGCAGCAAUUCAACGCCCGACGGACCUAGCUCGGUCGAAUGAAUUUAGUAAUGAAUUCUUACUAUAGCUCUUUUAAAGAAGGCUCUAACUAUGUGCUAUUUUCUUCUCAGUGUACAUUCAGACGGCCCAGGAGCCUACGAUGGGCUCCUAUACGGCCUGAGUUUCGAGAUACUCUCUUGGCAAAGCAAGGCGUAAAGCAUAAUCAUUUAAUUUUGAAAAUGAGUAUUAAAAUUUACUUGUGAACAGACAGAUAUUUUCAUAGAGAGUAAGACAGAAUUUUCACACUCAUCAAUGACACCCUUUUACCAUGGUUACGAGAUAGCCGUUAUUGGUGACAUGAGGUCUAGCCACAGAGCUAUUUUUCAGCAAAAAGUGAAUUUUUCGUACUUUUCUGCACAAAAAUUGCAUUGAAAACAGAAGCAAAAUCACUGAGAUUAAGUUAUUUAUCUUACAUCUAGUAAACCAUAUAUAGUCAUCAGUUAGCCUGGGAAAACAGGUUUGCUCGCGAAAUUACGUCGCAGAAACGAGCACAGAAAUUCCACACUUGUGACGUAUCACUACCUAUGCAGAUCUGUGUAGUGGAGCUUCUGAUUAGUUGAAGAAAAUAUUCCCCGCGCAUGACCAGUCAAAAGCAACACCCAAUUCUGGCUAAUGAUACGUCAUCAGUAUGGAAUUUCUACAGAUAUUUCUGUUCCUCAGACGGCAUUUCUCAAGUACACAAACGGUGGCGUCGCGAAGUUAGUGGAGUGAUUUCAGUUUAUGGAGAAAAUGUACUACCACUACUCAUGACUUACAGGUUUUCUAGCAGCUCUUCUUCCGACAACGUUUGUUUGAAAAAGCUGUAGCCAACGAAGAAAUACUUCUACGUCAGAGUGCAAAUUUAUGAAACCCAACACAAGGGUGGAUUUCCACUGUCACGAACAUUUCUACGUACGUAUGCGCGUAAAUAAAAUAGAGGCAAUGUAUGAAAGGUCACUCAACUUUUACAUUUAAGCGCGACCUUUAAUACAUUGCCUCUAUUUUAUUUACGCUGGUAAAAAUUACGCGGCAGUGGAAAUUUACCUUUAUCGUCUAACGUCAUAGUCUUCGGCUAAUGUUGCCCGUUCAGAAGUUAGUAAUUUUUAUUGUUUGAUGAGAGCAUGCAAGAGCGCUGUUGGAGGAACAGAUCCAGUUUUCUAGCAGUAACGUCAACCUCUAAGGUUCUGAACCUUAAAGGUCCACUUAAUAGGGAGGUUCCAUUGUAAUCUACCCAACUCUCGUUAGUCUACACCAAAUUAAUUAGUUGAGGAUCUUUUUCAAUAUCCCAACAUCUCUCCCUUCUUUUGUAUCGGUAUAGUUUAUAAUGAUGAUAAUAAUAAUAACAAUAAUUCAAUAAUAAUAAUAAUAAUUCUAUUGAUAACAAUGCUAACUAUUAAAAUCUUAUUUACAAUUAAUUCACUUAAAAAAACUAUUUCGUCGAAAGACUAUUUACAGUCAAUCCUUUCGUCAAAAAAACACUUAGUUUUGAUUAGAAAAAAAUUCAUUACUUUAAACAAAAAUUAUACAAAUUAAGAACAUUGCAUUUCAAUUAAAACAAUUCAUUUCGAUUAGAAAAAGAAGAAACUAUUUUCAAGGUCAGUUGCAUUCUUACUAAGACAAUCACUAAAAACAAAUCACUAAAAAAGGGGGAAUAUUAAAUAGCGUUCACAAUGUGUUAAUGACGAAUAUUUGCCAUUUAAAAGUAAGGAAACACAUAACUAGUCCGAUUGAAUGGCUCCUUCAACGACUUCGACGUCAAUAAUAAUAAUAAUAUAAUAAUAAUAAUGAUAAUGAUCAUUAUCAUGAUCACGAUAUUGAUGAUGAUGAUGAUAACUCAUUAAACGCAGCUUCUGGAUGUCUAGCUGAAGUCUCCCUUAAACAUCAAGUCACUGCCCGUGACCUUAGGUGUUUAAGACUUUGCGAAGUAUUCUGGCUAUACCCAGUAAUUAGGCACGCUCUCUGCAAUGAUUCUAAAAGACAGGUGACACCAAUCGCUGCUAACCACUUGUCUAUGCCUUUCGAGACAGUUUCUAUUGCAGUUAUUAUUGCACCAAUUAUGACUGGCACCAUAGUUACUCUGCGCAAUUUCCAGAUCCGUUUCAACUCCCGCUUAAGGCCGGUCUUAUUAUUACUUAUUAUUAUUAUUAAUUACUAUUAUUAUUAUUAUUUAUGACCGGAAUAGUAGGCCAUUAGCUAGUCAAUGCUACAAAUUAGAUCAAUACAUAAUGGGUGAGGGCACUAAAAAUUGUUUGUUUUCCAUGCAGACGAAAUCCGUAGCGAAGACGGACGUACCUCCACGACCUCAGCAGCGAACUCAGGUUAGGUGAGUUCCAAAGAGUCGAAAUGGUGCCAUUAUGGUACCCAUUGUAGGUCACAAGCAAAUAAACAUGCAUGCAUAACCUCCGUUGAGAUGAAAAAGUAUUGAAGUCCUUGUAAGUUCUAUUUUCUGUUCUGAACAGAUUCGAACGAAGCUGGUGGUCAGAAAAGAGAGAGGCCUGCAGAGAAGAAAAGUUGGAUUGAUAGGAUUGGUAGGCUCUCGAUUGGAAUUCUGGCAACUGUGAUUGUCGCUGUUAUCUCCGUUCCUGUUUGGUUUUGCUGGAAGCUUAAGAAAACUCGGGCCUCAUCGCCACCUGCUAUAGCUUCGCUUCGACCACGAUACGACGCGCGGAAUGAGUACGUCGUUGUUCCAGAUUUGAAAUGAAAUUCAAUUAAUUAUGAAGAUUCACAGUUACAGUUACAGUUGUGCCUCCUGCAAUAUAUUAGUCGGAAGCUCGAACACAUGGACUAGCGGAAUGUACUUUGUUAGAAGAUUCUAGGACACGCUUUUGUCGUAAUAUCUAAAUUGUCAGGAGGUCUUUGAAAAUAGAACCUCCCAAAAUCCCUCGUAACUUUUUGGGCUAUACUUGCUGCUUCGAACAGUUAUUUUACAGACAUAGUCGUUGCGCCCCUGAUAUUAGUUGGGUAAACUCAGUUUUAACGAUUCUCAUCUGUAGUUACUGCACCUCAGUCUUUUUUCAUUGACUACUGUCCUCACUAAACACUGUGAAUUAAAAAAGAUCGUUUUUUAGCCCUAAAAAUGAUUGAGGUCGUUUCGUUGAGUAAAAUACACAACCAUUAUUGUGGUUGGCUCCCUUAACUGAAUUAGGGCCAAUGCAGUCCAAUUACUUAGGACUGAUUUUAGACCCAAGGGGUGAAAUGAGCCCUAGUGUCGACCGGAAUUGACAUGUGAUGGGGCUUUUUGGUGAACUGUGCUCAAAUUUAAAUGGCUCCAGAAGAGACUAAAUUAGACUGAGGCCUGCAGGGUUAUUAAAACUGGCUUUUAGUUUUGGCGACUGUACCACAGGGUACCCAGACUCACAACAGCCCACUGGACAGAUACCAA